AUGGUUGAAGGAAAGCAGUUCAAGACCAAGUUAUGUGUUCUGUAUCAGAGAGGUCGCUGCAAUCGCCAUAAUUGCUCCUUCGCCCAUGGGAAUGCGGAGCUUCGACGAUUCCCUGCCUCAUAUAGUGGGAGGAGAGACUAUUUAGGUAAUGACUUGAGGGAUAAACUUGACAGAAGGCAUUUAUCUCCUCGAAGAUACUCACCAGCCCAAGAUGCAAGAGGCCGCCAGAGCAUCCGUGAAUACAGUCCUUCGAGAUCUUUGGAGAAUAAAAGUGAUAGAAGACAUAGGAGGAAGCAGGGUAUUACUGGUCAAAGUGAUACUUCUGGAAAUUUGAAAGUCUCAGAUAGAGUUCAAGAUCAAGUUAAAGAAAGAAAAAUGAUUUCCUCUGGUUCUAGGAAUACUCUUGAGGAGCAGCUGAAGAAAGUAGAUUCAAGUAUUAGCAAUCUACAGAACCGAAAAUUCCAGCUAGAGGUCUACCUUGAUGAGAGUAUUCAAGAAGUGGAUAGCCUUAAUUCUAGAAUUCAGGAACUUGAAGCUCAGUUAUGCAAAGAGGAUGAGGAGUGCAAACGAAUUACUUCAAGAAUAAGGAAAUUUGUUAGAGUGCACAAUCACACGUCACAGUUACAAGAUGAACUGAAGAGAUCGCAAGUCCGACUUCAGCGAUUUGGAGAUCAGCUUGUCUCGGACAUUUCUAGAAUUGGUGCUAAUGAAGAAGAUUUAAGCAUUGAUAUUAUCAGCAAUGGUGAAAAUACUGGUCUUCUUCCUACUGUCAAACAUAAUCCGGAGCAUAAUGAUGCAUCAUCCCACAGAAAAAGGCUGCAUCUUGAACGCGAUGCUUUGGAAGAUAUAAAACAAGAUAGAUCCAAAGAUGGCCAUUCGGUUGAGACAGCUAGAACUAAGAAGCGUUCUCGGUGGAAUAUUUCAGAUCAAUUGCAUGACGAGUCACUUGGGGGCCCAGACAAUGGAACUGAAGUUAUUAGAGCUCUAGAUCUUGAAGGGAGGCACAAGAGAGGAUUGAAGCAACCUAGGAUUGAAGUGCCACCAACCAGCAUGGCAGCUCAUGUGGUUGAUGAGGACGUUGAUGUUGAACUUUACAACGGAACUGAUAUCAAUGAAACUGCAAAUACGGAAAAUGAGAAUGGAGUUUCAUAUAAGGUGAAGGUUGCACCGCUUAUGCUUCCCCCAGCUUUGAUACCUCGUAGCAAUUAUUCGCAGUACGAGGGUAACGACGAGAAUGUUGAUGUAGAUGGUUGA